AUGGAACACCCAGCAUCAUCGGAGGCCGAGAGACGCCUCUCUGACAAGGACCAGGACGCCCUCCGUCGACUGCUGCUCAUUGAGCUGUCCGUUUUACGACGUCGCUACGCAGGACUCUUCGACGACCAUCAAGCCAAAGGUGAUACGGGUGCCUUCCCCGCCACUGCCGCUGACUGCGAUGUCGCGCCUUCAGCGGCCAUCGAGACCUCCUCCGAGGACGAGCAGACAGGCGCUCUGUGUCAGAGCGACCGCGACGCGAUCGAGGCGCUCUUUCACUCCAUCGACGAUUUCACGCGUGAGUUCAAUGAGGGCAAAGGUAUCGUGGAGCAUGAUGACGUAGUCACCAAGAUUAUGCGUGACUUCGUUUAG